GGGCGCUUCUCUCCGCGACACUUUGCAGACGCUCCCCAACGCUGGGCAUGGGCGCCGCCACCACCGUCGGUCCCAGGGCUGGAGUCCUUACGCGGACCAGGGCUCCAGUCCGGUGAUCCCUCCUUGCUCCAGAGGAACAGGUACUCCUCCGCUCCAGGAACUAACUGACUACAUUUGGUGACCUGUUUCUGUCCAGUGCCCCUGAGGGCUCAGCUGCUGGGUCUGAAGGAAGCCUCGCUAUGAAUGACCGAAGCAACCGUAGGCGGACAAUGAAGGACGAAGAAACCUUUGAGAUCUCCAUCCCCUUCGAAGAGGCACCCCACCUAGACUCACAGAUUUUCCACAGUCUGAGUCCCUCUCGGAGAAAUUUUGAGGAGCCUCCAGAGGACACCUCCCCAACCCUGACCCUAAUGAACAGCGUUAAGGCCCAGCUGCACAUGGCCCUGGAAAGGAACUCAUGGCUGCAGAAGCGCAUUGAGGACCUGGAGGAGGAGAGGGACUUUUUGCGGUGUCAGCUGGACAAGUUCAUUUCCUCGGCCCGGAUGGAUGCAGAGGACCACUGCCGGAUGAAGCCUGUGCCACGGAGGGUUGAUGGGGACAGCCGGGCUGGGGUUGGGGGAGAAGCCUCAGACCCUGAGUCGGCAGCCUCCUCAUUCAGUGGGGCAUCUGAGGACGGCAGUGCCAGUGAAAGGAAGAGACAGAAGCAGAAGGGAAGUACUGGCCGGAGGCGAUUUGGGAAGCCCAAGGCUCGAGAGAGGCAGCGGGUGAAGGACGCUGAUGGGGUACUCUGCCGCUACAAGAAGAUCCUGGGCACCUUCCAGAAGCUGAAGAGCAUGUCUCGAGCCUUUGAGCACCACCGUGUGGACCGGAACACGGUGGCGCUGACCACGCCCAUCGCGGAGCUGCUCAUCGUGGCUCCCGAAAAGCUGGCGGAGGUGGGAGAGUUCGAUCCGUCCAAGGAACGCCUGCUGGAGUACUCCCGCCGCUGCUUCCUGGCGCUGGACGACGAGACUCUCAAGAAGGUGCAGGCUCUAAAAAAGAGCAAGCUGCUCCUGCCCAUCACCUACCGCUUCAAGCGGUGAUGCCGCCGCCCCGCACGCCUUCCCGCCCCUCAGACCGCUCGCUAGACCGGGCUUCCCGGGGCGCCGCCAGGGCCAGAUGCUGCCCUUUCCUGAGCACUGGGCCCUGCCCCUCGGACGCCCACGCUGGGCACGCCAUCUCCAUUCUCCUCCGCAAGGGCGGCCACCUCGGUCUCCCUAGCCAGGAGUAGCCCAUUUGCAUCUUACAUGAAGACAGAGCAUUAUUCAGAGAAUUUAAAUUAAAGAGACAUGAACAUUUUCAAUAAA